AUAUUCAGCGUAUUUUAACAGUGGCGAAACAACGUGAGCAGGCUAACAUGCGCAGCCAAAGCAGGUGGUGAUGGUGGUGCCACCUCCCAAAUCUCCGUCGGCCCAGAAUCUUAUCACCUUUCUCUCACUCUCUCUCUGCUUCGCUUCUGUGUUUAAGCUGAGACGUUAAGUCGUUAAAAAUCUCGUAUCCUAAAACGCCGUCGUUUUAGCUAUGGCGUUGAGCUCAGCUACGCUUAGACUUACCUCUUUAUCGUUCUCAGCGAAGAAGACGAAUCGAAACCCUAGAAAUCCAUCUCUCUCCUUCACCAUUAGUAGCUCAUCGUCUUUUGACGAACCACCUAAACCUUCUCUUGCCUCUUCUACGCCACCUAUUCGCGUCUCAUCGAGCUCCACCCCCAAAGCUCGAUUCAUCGCUCGUCAGAAACAAUCCAUCUCCGUUCGUCAGCUCCAGCGACCUCUAAUUGAGUAUAUGAGCUUACCAGCAAGUCAGUACUCGGUGCUUGAUGCGGAGAGGAUUGUGAGAGUUGAUGAUAACACGUUCAGAUGUUAUGUUUAUACUUUUAAAUUCUUCAACUUUGAAGUCUGCCCUGUUUUGCUUGUCAGGGUUGAAGAACAGCCUAAUGGCUGCUGCAUCAAGCUCUUGUCCUGCAAGCUUGAGGGAUCCCCUGUUGUGGUUGCUCAAAAUGACAAAUUUGAUGCUUCUAUGGUGAACCGGGUAUCAUGUGAUAGCACUCAGGAAGGUACAUCAGAGCAACAAAUUACUUCUGAUGCAGUCAUUGAGGUCAAUAUCGAGAUUCCUUUUGCAUUUAGAGUCUUCCCAGUCGGAGCAAUAGAGGCUACAGGGACACAAGUUCUUGAUCAAAUUCUUAAACUCAUGCUACCGCGAUUUUUGUCACAGCUCUCAAAAGAUUAUCAAGCAUGGGCUUCUGGAGACACUUCAAGGCAACCUCUUGGGACUGGCGAGAUCUGACAGUAAAGCAAAAGCUACUGUACCUGGUUCAACGAUCCUGCGCCUCCUCAAGUUCAAAUCGGGAAUGUUAACUAAUUCUCGAUCUUUUUUAAUGUGUUAUUCGGGUAAAAUGAUCACAAAUGAAUCCGUAGUCUCUGGAAUUUCAACCAUUUUCAAUAGAAUACGUUUGUUUGUUUGUUUGUUUCACUGUAAUCUCACGGUGUGUCAUGGUAAUCCAACCGGAAGUUCCCUAAACGGAUCUACCUUUGUACCAAAAAUAUGUGUCUGAUAGAACUAAAAGUGAACCGAUAAAUGGAUGAGCCGGUUCAGACUGGAACCUGACAGUUUGUUCGAUUUAA